AUGCCCAGCUCUACCAAAAAGACUAUUAGUAAGGAACCACCACCACCACCAAAAGGACCCAAGAUUACAGAAAUGACCGAUGACACCAUCACUAAGAACACCAUUUUGGUCAAUUCACAACAUACCAAUAUGAGGUUGCUUUUCCUUUUACAAAAAGUGGUUCAACAUCUUCAUGAUUUUGCAAUUGAGACGAGAUUGACCACUGAAGAAUGGGAAGUUGCUAUUCAAUUUCUUACUGAUACGGGUAAAAUGUGCUCCGAUAUCCGUCAGGAGUUUGUUUUGUUAUCUGAUGUUAUGGGUUUAUCAGUUUUAGUUGAUUCUAUCUCCCAUCCAAAACCACCAAAUGCUACAAUUGGUACAUUAUUGGGACCAUUUCACACUCACGAUGCAGCUGAAAUGCACCAAGGUGAUUCCAUUUGUUCUGACGGCAGAGGUGAACCAUUAUUAAUUGAAGGGUUGUUGACUGAACCAGAUGGAACUCCAGUUGCCGAUGCCGCCAUUGAUCUUUGGCAUUGUGAUGCUAAUGGGUUAUACGAUACUCAAUACCCGAAUAGAGACCAUCCUGAUAUGAGAGGUAUUGUCAAGACGAAUAACAAUGGAAGUUUCAUCAUCAAAUGUACGAGACCUGUGGCCUAUCCAAUUCCUCAUGAUGGACCUGUUGGUAAAUUGUUGCAAAAAAUCAACAGGCACCCUUACAGACCAGCUCAUAUUCAUUUUAUCAUUGAAAAGGAAGGUUACGAUAGGUUGAUUACAGCAUUAUACGCCAAGGGAGAUCCUUAUGAGACUUCGGAUGCUGUGUUUGGUGUCAAGACACUGUUGUUGUACACUUUAGAUAAAUUAGGAACUGAAAAGGCUAAGAAGUAUGGUAUGGACCCUGAAGACUGGUAUUUGAAGUGGCAUUUCAAGAUUAUCACUAAAGAUGAAGCUAAAAAAUUGAUGGUUCAGAAGAACCAGGAAGCUUUGACAGGAGCUGCGACCAACUUGAUUCUCAACGCCGAUGGAUUGCCAGAACCAUCUCCAUUGGACUAA